GCAAAUAGUUCUGCAGACAGAGCAGAGCGCACUUGGGAGUCCUGCAGAGCGCACAGAUAGAGACCUGCAGAGCGCACCUGGGAGUCGUGCAGAGCGCCCAGCUAGAGUUCUGCAGACAGAGCAGAGCAGAGCGCCCAGCAAGAGACCCGCAGACAGAGCAGCGCAGAGCGCCCAGCUAGAGACCCGAAGAUAGUUCUGCAGACAGCGCAGAACACACCUGGGAGUCCUGCAGAGCGCCCAGCUAGAGACCAGAAGAUAGUUCUGCAGACAGCGCAGAACACACCUGGGAGUCCUGCAGAGCGCACCUGGGAGUUCUGCAGAGCGCCCAGCUAGAGACCCGCAGAUAAUUCUGCAGACAGCGCAGAGCGCCCCUGGACCCCUCUCCAUCCAGCAGCCGGGUCAGCGUGGAGAGAGGAGCCCGGCAUGUGUCAUUCCCAGGUAGCUGAUCCCCUCUCAUGUGCCAGCAGCAGGUCCCUGGCAUAGAGAGCACAGGGCGCCAUGCAGUAAUAGUGAGAGCCCAGUGACCUCCCGCUACAUGAACCCAUUGGAGUAGAGAAGAGAGCGGCCACGCCCCCUCCUGUACUCCUGGCUGCUCAUUUAUAAAUAGCCUGCUAGUGGUGAGUGAGUGUGAGAGAGUGUGUAGUACUUGUUACAAGUCCUGUCACUACUGUCCACUCUGCACACCCUGCCUGCCUGCCAUGGACCUCUCCACAUCUUCCUCCCUGUGGGCUUAUGGCUCUGUCUGGCUCUUUUUCUCCCUCCUGGUCUACUUUAAGUUUUCCCAUUCUGACAUGAUCCUCACCCCAUCCCUGCUGGUGUACUUCUUCCUGCUGGUGCUGUUUGAGUGGUUCUGUCACCUGUACCUACCAAUCCUUCUAGGAAUGGUGCUGCUGAGCUCCGCAUGCUGGUAUGUCCUGAGCGUCGCCUCUCCCAGGAAAAUGUUACCUGUGGCGGGGAAGGCGGUGUUUAUUACAGGCUGCGACUCUGGAUUUGGAAAUGCUUCUGCCUAUAAAAUGGAUGCAAUGGGUUUCAAAGUGAUUGCAAGCGUGCUGGACCUGGAAAGCCCGGGGGCCAAGGACCUCCGGAAGAGAUGUUCCGAUCGGUUGACCAUUAUCCAAAUGGACUUGACCAAGCCUGAGGACAUCCAAAAAGCCUGCCGAAUAAUAAGGGAGCAGACUGCUGAAACUGGUCUGUGGACGCUGGUGAAUAACGCCGGAUACUGUGAGCACUUUGGCAAUGCUGAGCUGCUGCUUAUGUCCACCUACAGAAGCACCAUGGAGGUGAAUUUUUUUGGGACACUGAACCUGACCAAAGCUCUGUUACCGCUGAUACGCAGCGCUAGAGGGCGGAUCGUGACCAUCACCAGCCCUGCGGGUGAGCAUUCGUUCCCCUUUUUGGCUGCGUAUGGGGCCUCCAAAGCUGCUCUGAGUCGUGUUAUGGACAUAUUCCGUCAUGAGCUGACACCUUGGGGAGUUAACGUCAGUGUAAUUCUGCCAGGGUCCUACAAAACAGGUGCUCAUGAUAACAAACCCCACUGGGAGAAGCAACACAAAAAGUUGUUGGCAAAUCUACCACCUGAACUGCUACAAGAGUAUGGCAAGGACUAUAUCUGUGAAACCCAAGAUCUCUUUCUGAAAUAUGGAGAGAAAGCAGAAUCCGACUUCAGUCCUGUGAUAGAGAGUAUUACCGAUGCCAUUUUGUCGGAGAACCCAAAGGUGCGGUAUUAUGCGGGGAAAAAGAUGUGGCUGCUGUACUUUAUUGGAAUAUACUUACCGCUGUGCAUCAGUGAUAACUUCUUCAAAAGCAUAUUCCUAACGAACAAGACUCUGCCAAAAGCCCUUGAAAAGCAGAACAGCGAGUAACAAUGAGGCCUUAUUCCUAUACUGAACAAAUUUCUCUGGGAACCAAUACGGUUGUGUUUCAAGCAAAUUGAAGAAAAAAACUAUGGCUGUGAAACGAGACGAAAAAGAGACCAUUUCAUUGCUCUGUGUUGUACCUUUUUCACGUUUUCCCGUGCCUCCUUACAAAGUUUUUUUUUUUUUUUUUUUUUAUAAAAA